AUGGCCUCCCUCGGCCCCCGGACACCUGGCCCCUGCAGGUCACCAGGUGGAAGAGCCAUGUGUUGGGUCAGUGCCAUCAGCUUCAUGGCGGCUGAAGAGAUGCACUGGCCUGUCCCCAUGAAGGCCAUCGGUGCCCAGAACCUGCUAACUAUGCCUGGGGGCGUGGCCAAAGCGGGCUACCUGCACAAGAAGGGUGGUACACAGCUGCAGCUGCUCAAAUGGCCGCUGCGCUUUGUCAUCAUCCACAAGCGAUGCAUCUACUACUUCAAGAGCAGCACAUCCGCCUCCCCGCAGGGUGCCUUCUCAUUAAAUGGCUAUAACCGGGUGAUGCGGGCAGCUGAGGAGACAACAUCCAACAAUGUCUUCCCCUUCAAGAUCAUCCACAUCAGCAAGAAGCAUCGCACGUGGUUCUUCUCAGCCUCCUCCGAGGAUGAGCGCAAGAGUUGGAUGGCCUUGCUGCGCAGGGAAAUCGGCCACUUCCAUGAGAAGAAGGAGCUGCCCUUGGACACCAGUGACUCCAGCUCAGACACAGACAGCUUCUAUGGUGCAAUUGAACGGCCCGUGGACAUCAGCCUUUCUCCAUACCCCACGGACAACGAAGACUAUGAGCAUGACGACGAGGACGACUCAUACAUGGAACCCGACUCCCCUGAGCCUGUGAAGCCUGAGGAUGCCCUGACCCACCCACCGGCCUACCCACCACCCCCAGUGCCCACACCCAGGAAGCCAGCCUUGUCUGACAUGCCCCGUGCUCACUCCUUCACCUCCAAGGGCCCAGGCCCCCUGUUGCCACCCCCACCCCCAAAACGCAGUCUCCCUGAUGCUGGUCUGGGUCCUGAGGAUUCCAAGAGGGACCCACUGGGCCCAAGGUGGGCUGAGGCUGGCCCCAGGAUGCCUGCUACACCUCGAAGGAUGAGCGACCCCCCGCUGGGCAGUGUGCCCACUGUGCCUGUCCUCCGGAAACACCCUUGCUUCCAGGAGAUCGCCAGCCCUGGCUUGGAGCCCCGGAUCCCCAGCCACGGAGCUACCUCUGCCUCCAGCUCUGCCUCUGUGACCACUGCCACAUCCAGGAACUGUGACAAACUCCAGUCCUUCCACCUGUCACCCCGGGGGCCACCCACCUCUGAGCCCCCACCUGUGCCAACCAACAAGCCCAAGUUCCUAAAGAUAGUUGAAGAGGCCCCCCACAGGGAUGCAGCCAGGCCUGGACUCUUUGUGCCCCCUGUGGCCCCCAGGCCUCCUGCACUGAAGCUGCACACAUCUGAGACCACAGCUCGACCUGCAGUCAUGCCCAGGCCAGAGAAGCCGCCACUCCCCCACCUGCAGCGAUCACCCCCAGACGGACAGAGUUUCAGAAGCUUCUCCUUUGAAAAACCCCGACAACCCUCGCAGGCUGACACUGGCGGGGAGGACUCAGAUGAGGAUUAUGAGAAGGUGCCGCUGCCCAACUCAGUCUUCAUUAACACCACAGAAUCCUGCGAAGUUGAAAGGCUAUUCAAAGCCACGAGCCCCCAGGGAGAGCCCCAGGAUGGACUCUACUGCAUCCGGAACUCCUCCACCAAGUCAGGGAAGGUUCUGGUCGUGUGGGACAAAACCUCCAACAAAGUGAGGAACUACCGCAUCUUCGAGAAGGACGCUAAGUUCUACCUGGAGAGCGAGGUCCUGUUUGUGAGUGUGGGCAGCAUGGUGGAGCACUACCAUACGCACGUGCUGCCCAGCCACCAGAGCCUGCUGCUGCAGCACCCGUACGGCUAUGCUGGGCCCAGGUGAUGCCUGCCCUGCAGCACUGCCAGGCACAGAUGGCCACAAGGCCCACAACUCCACGCCAUGCAGAUGGAGACUGGCCUACAUGGGAAGACGAACAGGAAUGAG